CACAGACACAACAGUCUUCUGUCACAGCUGGGAGUCAAAUGGAUGUGAGGUUCAUCUGCCAUGCAUCAAUACAGAGGUAAAAAUCUAGAAGAAAGCAGACAAGACGAAGUAUAACUGGAUAUAGUACCACUGAUGAUCAGUUUUUUUUUUCACCCAAACUGGACUGUGGUCACCACAUGGAUGAAAAAGAGAGGGAUUUUUUUCAUGAAUUGGAGCUGAAAUAAUCCCCCCAAGGAGUCUCCCUGGAAAUGUCAGCAACAAGUUUUGCUCACCCCGGCACUGCAGGAGAUCUUCAACACAGUUUGUCAGGUUGAAAGGUGGUGUCCUGACUUGCACUGAUUUGGAGAAACAUGGGAUCAUGGCUGUGUGGACGACCCUAUUUUUGGGGAUAAGCAAGUCACAGGCAGCCUCAUAGUCACUGAAGCUGCUGGCCAUGUCAGUGGUCUACUAACAUCUUCUCUGUGGAUUGAUACAGUCGUUCUCGUCAUCCCUGCUCUUUCAUCUGCUGCCCAUUUACGUCAUUUCUUGGAUUAAGCUUCAAUGCAAGCAAUGUUUGCUUUUCACCUGGGACAAAGUUUCCGUCAAUCAGCUGCCAACUUCAAUCUGUGCUCGGCAUCACAGCAUGAGUUCAUACAAACUUCAAAACCGAUUUCAUGCAGAGGCCAUCCACCAUACAGCUGCGUGUAAAUUGGCUCUUAAACAUUAGAGCCUGACCUCUGACCUUUGAUCUGCGAACCUGCAAUGAACUGCACUCCCAAUGCCACCAUCAAUCCGCAGCUGGGACUUGUCCUGAGCCCAGGGGCUGGAGAUGAUGCAUCCCAGGAGAGUGGUGGUGGUGGUGGAAGCAGCGGGGGCAUGUGGGUGACAUCCCUUCUUGGAGCCACACUGAUGAUCAUGUGCGCCAUGGGUGUGGUGGGCAACACAUACACGCUCAUCAUAACCCGUUCAGCCGCUUUGCGCCGCACAGGUUCCAUGUAUGUUUACAUCAUCAAUCUGGCUCUGGCUGACCUGCUCUACCUCUCCACCAUCCCCUUUGUGGUCUGCACCUACUUCGCCCAUGACUGGCUGUUUGGUGAGGCUGGCUGUCGCAUCCUGUUGAGUCUCGACCUCCUCACCAUGCAUGCCAGUGUCUUCAUUUUGGUUGCGAUGAGCCUGGAGCGCUACCGUGCCGUGGCUAUGCCCUUUAGCGCGCACAGGUCCUCGUCCCGUAAACGAAAGCUAGUGGCAGGGAUUAUCUGGGGGUUGGCUUUCGUGCUAACGCUCCCCAUGAUGGUGAUGAUCCGGCUCAGGGAGGGCAAACCAACUGCGGCUGGUUUGGUCAAGAGGAUCUGCUUCCCUACCUGGACCCCUGAGGCCUUCAAGGCUUAUAUCACCGUCCUGUUUCUUACAAGCGUUUUAGUUCCUGGAUUGAUAAUCGUCGGGCUGUAUGUGGGGCUCGCCAGUCGCUACUGGGCAGUGCAGGCUAGCUUAGGAGGUAGCAGCCGCUCUGCCCGGAGGAGAGGACUCAAACAAAAAGUCGUAUCAAUGAUCUUUAGCAUUGUUGUGGCGUACUGGGCUUGCUUCUUGCCUUUCUGGGGAUGGCAGCUAGCCAAACUGUUCUCCCCAGAGUCCCUCAAGGCUUUGUCUCCAGCUGCUCAUAAUUAUGUGAAUUUCUUUGUGACAUGUCUGACCUAUGGGAACAGCUGCAUCAAUCCAUUCCUUUACACUCUUCUGACCCGGAACUAUAAAGACUACUUGGCACAGAAAGGUCAGUCUGUGGGUUCAAGCAGGGGUGACCCCGGGUCAGCCGUGACUACGCCGCUGCAAGAGCUUUAGUGGAUGAAUAAAUGAUCACUGCGCAUAGACUACGGAGCGAGAAAAUGUUAUUGACUUUCAUCAGCCUGGAGGAGGACAUUUUCUUUUCUGGUCAUUUUUUACAAAACUGGAAAAUGAGAUGUAGCACUUUCUACAAACUUUGUAAAUGCUUUAAACAUAAUGCAAUGUGAUGCAACACAUUUCCUGCCCUGUUGAGAAGUUUAGUCAGAGCAGUUUAAGGUUCAGUGUGUAGGAGUAGGAUAUACUGGCAGACAUUGAAUAUAUGAAGUAUGUUUUCUUUAGUGUAUCAUCAACUGAAAUAAGAAUUGUUUUGUUUUCAUUACCUUAGAAUGAGCUGUUUAUAUCUACAUAGGGAGCGGGUCCUCUUCUACGGAGCCCACCGUGUUGCGCCGCCAUGUUUCUACAGUAGGACAAACCAAACAAUGACUAUAGACAGAACGAUUUGUGUUUUUUGUGCCAGCUACCGUAGUUCGAUGCCCCCUUGCGAUAGGAGUGUUGGAAAAAAACACAGGUAUUUUUUUAGCAUGAAACUGCUUUAUUCAGUGUUUUUACCAGUUUAGAUUACUGUGUCUGUUUUUGUGGAUUAUUAUUUAUUUAUUUUUUUGGAGAGGAAGAGACCUUUGCAGGUAACUCGUCUCCCAGUAAAAACCUCCUGAACCAUGUCCACUGAAGGAAUUUUAACUGGACGAAGUUACAGUUGGUUGCAGUCUGCAGUCCUCACUGCUCAUUGCCAUCUAAUCUAAAUCUUACCCAAAGUCUUACACACUGAACCAUUAAGGAUUCAGAGAAAUUUGAAAAGCAGGUGGAUGUUUGCGAGCACGAAAGUCUGACUACAAGCCUCCUGGCUGGAGGACAAUCAGCACAAAUGACACAGUAUUUGAUAUGUGCUCUUUACUAUGUAACCUAACAUUUUCCCCAUGUACACUGUACAGAUGCCUGUCUAACAAUCUCCAAUUCUGCCCUCUUGACAUCAGUAUCAUUGUAACAAAUAUGCAUUUGAUAGGAUAUUUAAACUGCUGAUAUUUGGGUUCAAAUGUGAGUUAUUUUCCAAAUUAAAAAGGUUUAUAUCAUCCCCUUAGUAGUGAUGAAAAUAUUUUGGAAGAAACACCAAUGAUGAGAAUUUAUUGUAGAACUUAAUUACUUUGCAAUUGCUGUGAAAAUUCUAAUAGUCAGGAAAUUAAAUUUAAUGUAAAGAAUGGCUUCAAUUUUUCCUUCACUCCUGUAUUUGCUGUCCACCUUACACACACAUAGUAAAGGAUAUUUCAUCUCCCUCUAGGGAAUGUGGUUUUAUCGUGCCACAUUCCUCAGCCUCAGGCCACGGCUUCUUUGAGUCCCCCUGCAAAUUGUCUCACCUCUGUCAUAUAUGGUCUCUCCCUUUGAGUUAUCCUGUUUUAUCCUCUAUUAUACAGUUCAGUCACUAUAUUGAUUAUAUUCACACUUCAAGCCUCAAUGAUCAGUUCUUAUUUCAGCUCAGUUCCAGUAUUUCUCUAUUUUCUGCCUUUUCUUUUCUGUCUUAUACCAGAUUUAACAAGUCGCCCUUCUAAAGAGACUUGCAGUUAAAAGUCAGCAGUGCCACCGACAUCCAGAUUUUACAUUUAUUAAGUUGUCAUGCAGCUGCAGUGAGUCUUGUCUGGUUUUAACAGUCUUAAUUCCAUUAAA